CUUCAUCGAGUCCACUUCUGGAUUCGAUUCUUCUAUGGUCAACGGAAUGCAGGCACUCAAGUAUUGGAAGGAAUACUUCAACCAUCCCAAGGGCGGUCAACUUGGUUUGCUCGUCGCAUGCUACAACUUGGGAGCUAUUACGAGCAUUCCUUUUGUGGCGAUCGUGUCUGAUCACCUUGGGAGACGCAAGAGCAUCGUCUUCGGUUCGAUAAUCAUGUGUAUUGGGGCUAUCAUGCAAGGCCUUUCGCAAAACUUGGCCAUGUUUAUUUUCUCUAGAAUAUUUCUUGGCCAUGGUAUCGUCUACGCUAUCAUAUCUGGCGCUGCUCUCCUCGGUGAACUCGGCCACCCCAAAGAGCGCGCUUUCCUAGGUUCCAUGUUCAAUGCCUUCUUCGGUGUAGGUUCCGUCCUCGGCGCCGGCAUCGUGAUACGCACCCUGCUCAUCCCCAAUGACUGGAGCUGGCGUCUCCCGUCUAUACUCCAAGCCCUACCUUCCAUUAUUCAGAUUGCCUUUGCCUUUACAGUCCCCGAGAGUCCGCGUUGGCUGGUAUCCAAAGACCGCAGCGAGGAGGCACUCGAGAUCCUGAUCAAGUACCAUGCCGAAGGCGAUGCCUCUCAGGAACUACCGCACGUCGAACUCGCCGAGAUCCGCAAAGCGCUGGAGAUAGAAAACGAGUCGCGAGCACGAGGCUGGGCAGAGCUCUUCCAAACCAAAGGCAUGCGGCACCGCUCACUUGUGGCCGCCGCACUCGGUCUGUUUGUGCAGUUCAGCGGCAACAACCUCCUUAGCCAGUACCUCGUGCCAAUUCUUACCAAAAUUGGGAUCACCGACUCCCACACACAGGUGCGAUAUAAUCUCGGCACGGAAGCUUGGGGGUUCGUGAUUGCCCUAGCGAUGGCUGCUGUUACGCCCCGGUUUCCGCGACGGAGAAUGUACUUGCUGUGUGCAUCGUGCUUGGUGUGUGUAUACACUGGCUGGACGAUCGCGCAGGCUCGGAAUCGCAUCACCGGCUCGAAAGGAUCGGGCUACGCAGUGCUAGUCAUGAUCUUCCUGUAUAAACCAGCGUACUGUAUCGGUUACAACGCUCUGACCUACGUCUAUAUGGUCGAAAUCUUCCCGUAUUACGUCCGCACAAAGGGACUGUCGUGGUUUCAACUAUUCAAUCGCUCGGCUGUCAUGUUUGGUUCGUUUGUCAAUCCUAUCGGCCUUGAGAAUCUAGACUGGAAAUACCUUCUUGUGUACGUGGCGUGGUUGUGUUUUGAGGUUAUCUUCAUCUACUUUUUCUUCCCGGAGACCUAUGGCAAGACACUGGAGGAGCUUAGUUUCUUGUUUGAAUCGGAAAAGGCGAACCGCGAGGUGCUCGCUGCUAGUGCGGCGAAGUUGGUUCAGGAUCCUAACGUUACAGAAGUCCACGAGGCGCCAGAGAAGAAGGCUUAAGUCUUUGAAUGUGGAAUGAGAUGCGGGUACAUUGAUAACUUCAAGAAUCUUGACGAGUCUUAAUUGGGAAAUACAAGAUUAUUGAUUGAAGUGUAUUCAUGAUACGGGGAGACGUUGUGUGGCACAUAGUUCUAGCUCGCCCACACUUCAAUACCGGCAGAGCCCUAAAACCCAGAUAAUAAAGAUCCUGAAAUUAUCGUUUUACAAGACUGCUGUUUUCUAAACAAAUUGGAUCAUAACAUUAA